AUGCUAACGGAGUCAUUUAUUGCUGCCGUGCUGGCAGCCAACAAGCCAGCACAGCAUCUAGCCACGUCUUUGAAAGAUGUCGGCAUCUUUUUACACGAACUUCAACCCCAGCCGGUUCUCAGGCAUGGCUAUAAGAAGAGCUCGGUGCAGCCGCGAUGCAUGGCCGUGAGUAGAUCGCACGUAUUUACGGCACAAAGUGAGAAAGUCGUGGUCAACGUCUACAGUCGCGACAAGGGCAACCAGGAGGCCACCGUACCGUUUCCCGAGAAGAUCACCAGCCUGGUGUACGCGGAUGGUCCAGAGGUCUUGGUCAUGGGGACUGAGGAGGGCAAGCUGAUUCUGUGGGAGGUUGGCACUGGGAGGAUCACUACGUCCUCGGCGUCUCAUCUACAGGCAGUCUCCCAACUCUGCCUUACCCCCGACGAUUACCACAUCCUUUCAGCAUCAACGGACUCGACAGUCCUCGUCUGGUCUUUGAGCAGUCUUUUGUCGUUUCAGGGAGCGUCUGAGUCUUAUACAGAAGGUUCCGCCAUGAAGACGCCCGUGGCCACGUUUUCGCAGCAUCGAGAUGCGAUCACUGCUCUUGACUGUGGCCACUCGCGACCCAGUACGAAUUUCGCAGUAUCGGCAUCGAGAGAUGGAACCUGCCACAUCUGGCACAUCGAAACUUGCAGCAUUUUGCGAACAGUCCUCUUACCGUCUGCGCCUACUUGUUUGACACUUGAUCCAGCUGAUCGCGCAAUAUACCUAGGCGACACAUCUGGAAAGGUCACGAGUGUGGAUCUUUUGUCGUUGGGCAAGACUGGCAUGCCAAAGCCAUCCGACACGUCAUUGCCUGUCCAGGUAGGAGAAGAGGAUCAGUGGACACCUGCGUCUGAUCCUGGAUCUUGUCACACCAUUGCUCUCACAUACGACGCCACAGCUUUGCUGUCCGGGCAUGAAAACGGAUCCAUCCUCAAGUGGGACAUUGCUAAGCGCAAGGUAGCGAACGAUCUUGCCAAGUUGGGACAACCUGUGACCAAUUUGCGAAUGCUCGAGCCAGAAGGCCUUCAAAAGAAACAUCAGCGUGCCUUCUCGGUGCCUGAAGUUGUCAAGCCGAGACUAGAGUUCAACGCUCGUCUGGAACAUGGCACAUCUGGGAUUCCCGCCAACUACAAGCUUCACGCAGUGUUGACAGGUGCACCGAUGGACCAGGAGGUGGUUGAUGAUCCAUUCUCGGCUGCGAUAACGUCAAACGGCUGGCCAGCAUCAUUGCUCGAUGCGGCCAUCCGAGCCAUUGACGACGGCGCAGUUGCUGGCCCUUCGAACGGCAUUAGCGUAAGUGCGAUCAGGACCGAGCGCCUAGGGGAAGAAGUGGCCGAAUUGAAAAAGACCCUGGCUGCAUACAAAAAGACAGAGUUGGAGAUGAUGGAACGAAGUCUGGCGAGGAUGAAACAGCGCGAUGACAUUGACCUUCAGCGACGUCAAGCUUAUCAUGAUGCAAUCAAGAGAGGAGAGGAUAAGAAGACGGCCAAUGCUGCGAUGAAUGCCGCUAUGGAAGCGUCGAAAAAGGAACUGAAGGCUCUAGAGGUCGAGAGCGACGCGGAACCUUUCGAAGAGCCCGUGGAUACGAGCUGA